UGUCUUUUUCAUUAUUCGACAUCCUGUGCCCACAGCCGCCUCCAUCCGGCGGCAAGAACGCACAGGAUUCCCUAUAGCUCAUUUUGAGAUGUUGAAUGAAUCUGGAGGUUGGGAGGCACAGUGAGAUGUUGGAUUUUUCUGCAUCAAUGUUUGGAGUAUGUCCGGGUAUGUGAAGCCAAUCCGCUUGGAGGUUAUCGCGGUCUGUGACGAUGCAGAGCGGGUCUGAGAGCUUCCACCAACCCAGGACUGGAUGUGUCAGCGUCGUGAAAGUUCUAGGAUUUGCUGCUCCCGCUAUCUUUAUUUCCCCAAGGUUGAACAUUUUGUUGCAAUCCGCAUGUUUCGGAUUAACUUUAACGGUACCUGAAUAAUUACAGCUAAGGCGCAGAUAACAGAGGGACACCGCCCGAACUGGUUUUACAGCCGAUCCGAAGGAGGAUUUUAGCGCUUUCGGUCCCGGUGGAGCUGCCAGCUUCCGAUCUUGCUGCAGCAACGUUAAAUAGGCGGCUCUGAAUUUUUAUUUCUUGUCUUGUAUGCUUGAUAGGCUGCUCCCGCCAGGAGGAGAAGCUGUUUCCACAGGGGAACAGAUCAUUUUCUGGCUCAAGGACACGCUAUCUGUUGGCAGCUCCUUAUUGAUGUAUAUUUGGCUUUGCGCACUGAUUUCUGCGGGCCCUUGACAUGGACUGUAUCAGGAUUAGAGCUGUUUAGCCCUUCGGCUCUACUGUUGCCUGAUCUGGGUGUGGAUCAGCCCCCAGGGAUUCUGUAGAGAGACAGCGUUCACGGGGAUGGAGCAGAAUCUGCUGGUGUGGCCCUAAUUGCGAGAAAGGGACGCUUUAUGAAAAUUUCUCAACCUUUCUGCGCAUUGUUUUCUCCUUGGAUUUCUCAAGAUGGGAAAGCCUUACUUAGCGUCUCAUGUUCAAACCACAUACUCCUGAUCCCCGAGUUUACUCUUCUAUUUGUGCACGCCUGUGUAGACUUCUCAUAGACACGCACACGUUACUGCCUGUUCAUCACUAGAAAAACAGUGGUGUUAUACUAUCUCAUUUUUGGAUAAGGAGAGAAGCUGGAGCUGGGAUAAACCGAUGAGAUCUAAAUCUUCCCAGGGCUCCAUGUUACGAUUUAACUAACACCCAUUAGUUUAUCAAAGAAAAAGAGGACGAAGGGACAAACAUUGCAAGAAGAGGGGCUUCUUGGGAGAGAAAAGAGACUACGAAGAGAAGCUGAAGAUCAAUGACGGUGUCAGGAGGAAUUGCUCUGACUGCUAGAUGACAGACAGACAGACGGACAAACAUGGACGCCCCCUCCUUGCUGCUCUGCCCUCUUCUCAUCCUCCUGUACUGCCUUCCUUCCUGCCUCUCCGACAUGCUUUGUCCAAAACGAUGCACCUGCCAGAACCUGCUGCCAUCCUACACGGUGCUGUGUGCCAAGACGGGCCUGCUCUUUGUCCCGCCCAACAUUGACCGGCAGACAGCUGAGCUCCGGCUGAUGGACAACUUCAUCACCACACUGAGGCACCGGGACUUUGCCAACAUGACCAGCCUGAUCCACCUAACCUUGAGCCGAAACACGAUCAGCCAGAUCAGGCCAUACACCUUUGCAGACCUGCAAGACCUCCAUGCCCUCCACCUGGAUGCUAACCGCCUCACUGUUCUGGACGACUCACACUUCCAGGGCCUGGUGAACCUGAGGCACUUGAUUCUAGCCAACAACCAGCUGCACAGCAUAUCAGAGGGGGCCUUUCAGGACUUCCUGGAGACCCUGGAGGACCUGGACCUGAGUUACAACAACCUGGUGGACAUCCCCUGGGACACCAUUGCUCUGCUGGUCAGCGUCAACACCCUGAGCCUGGACCACAACCUGAUUGAGAGCGUCCCUGAGGGAAUCUUCUCUAAUCUCCACAAACUGGCCAGACUGGAUAUGACAUCCAACAAGCUGAAAAAAAUACCUCCAGACCCCUUGUUCCUCCGGAUCCCGGUCUACGCCAAGAUGAAGGGUUCUCCUCUCACAGCGUUAGUGUUGAGUUUCGGGGGGAACCCUCUUCACUGUAACUGUGAGCUGGUGUGGCUUCGAAGGCUGACCAGAGAGGACGACCUGGAGACCUGUGCCUCACCGAAGGAUCUGGCCGGCAAAUACUUCUGGACCAUACGAGAGGAAGAAUUUGUCUGUGAGCCACCCAUGAUCACUCGUCACACCUCUAAGAUGUUUGUGAUGGAGGGUCAAGAAGUCAGCCUCCGCUGUAAAUCCAUUGGGGAUCCAGAACCAUCCACACACUGGGUCAGCCCUGACGGAAAGCUGAUCGGAAACACUUCCAGAACCGUUUGCUAUGAGAACGGGUCACUUGACAUCCUUAAGGCCUCAGUUAAGGAUUCUGGAAAGUUUACCUGCAUAGCAUCAAAUGCCGCCGGUGAGGCCACUGCUCCCGUUGAAUUAGUUGUCAACCCUUCUCCACACUUUGACCCCAAACUGGACCCUGACCCAGGGCCCUCAGACAUCCCAACAUCCAUAAAAUCUAACGUCAGCGGAGGCCAGCCCAGGUCCGACCAGCAGAGGGUCAGCGUUUCGGACGUUACCUCCAGCUCUGCCAUUAUCAGGUGGCCGCCUCAGAACCACAUACCAGGGGUUCGCAUGUACCAGAUCCAGUAUAACAGCUCCACCGAUGAUAUCCUGAUAUACAGGAUGAUUCCAGCAAAUCACAAGUAUUUCUUGCUCAGUGACCUAGCAUCAUCACGGGAUUAUGAGCUGUGUGUUCUGGCUGUUUACGAUGAUGGCAUCACCACCCUGACGGGGACUAAGCUGGUGGGCUGUGUGUCCUUCGUCACAGACUCAGAGUACGGACGCUGCCACUCUAUACGAGAUCAGUUCUUGGGCGGCACCAUGAUCAUUAUCAUCGGUGGGAUCAUUGUGGCCUCUGUGCUCGUCUUCAUCUUCAUCCUCCUCAUGAAGUACAAGCUCCACAGUAACCACUACAAGCAGAAAGCUGCAACGCGCCAAGCCAACGUCUGUUCGCAGACCAAUGGUGGUGGAGGAGGAGGUGGAGCAAACAUCCUAGCUCUGCCUCCAUCCUCCUCAGCAGGGCAAGGCACUAAUAAAAACUGUCAGCCAUCCUCAUCAGUAGAUGGAGCAGCUUCUCUCAGAGGGACCACUGUGGUGGACUUGAACCCUGCUCAUAAUGAUGACACCAUCUCCCAAUAACACAGAAGGAACUGUUGAUCCCCCUCCUCCCCCCAAUAAACACACCCAGCAAACUCCAGAACCAACACCUCCCCAUGCCACUCCCAACUCUUCUUUUUUUUUCCUUUCUCUUUUUGCUCGUGCCUGGAGUCCAACUGGACUUUCCUUCGGGGAGCAACUCUAGUCAUUGAUUUACCCACUCUUUGCAUCAGUGCUGGAGAGAGAGGAGGAGGAAGAGGUGCUCUCUGGAUUCUAUCAUCACCUUCAGGGAAACGUGAAGAACCUUUGAGCAGAUAAAACGAGCCUAUCCAACUUGUGGACGUUUAGACGGAUGUCCGCCCCUGGCUAUGUUCUGUCCUUUGGAUCAGAGGACUUUCUGAUGGUCAGUGCUGACCAAGGAGAGCUCUGCACAACGUGUGUUGGAUUCAGACUCUGGGUGUGACCGUUGGAAUCCAAACAUGAUUAGCACCUGGAAGGCCUCUGUGACCAUCAGUAAAACUUUUCAAGAUGUUCUCAGAUGUUGAUGGCACCUCUCAUAUCCUCUCCUCAUUAAACAGUCAUAUGCCAAAGGGUUACAACAAUGCAUUAUGACAUUAUUUGUAGAAAUCUCUGACUUAUGAAAGCACACCUUUUAUUUUAUUUACCCUGUGUCAGGCCUUGGACUAAGAAACAAGCACACUGUCAACAUCGUCUCAAUGCAUUGAUAAAAAUACUCAGUCGAUGUAAAGUUGAACUUCUAUGGCACUUUAAACAAGUUUUCAUUUCAUCUCUGCCCUCUCUUCACACUCUCCCUGUUUAAGGAACAAAAAAUAAAGUUUUUUUGUUAUGGAUGUGGAAGAUAAUGUUGAAAUAAUUGAUAUGUUUGUAUCCAUGGUGGGUUGGUUCUCUCAAUGUUGGAGUAAAAGAAAAUAUCAAGUUUUUGUUUCCCGAAGAUGAAGCCUUGAGGAGCUCAAAAAAUAAGCAUAAAGCACACGUAAAACUGCACAAACCGGAAAUGUUGAACUUGAACAAUGAUGUUUCAGUUGAUGGCAGUAUUGGGGGGUCGAUGUAUGAAGGGGUUUUAAAAGAUGGUGGGAGAACCCGCGUUGUCUCCUCCUUCCCUUCCUCUCUCCUUUUGCUGUUUGACAGUGUCUGUGUUUGUAUGUGACAUACACCUAACAGUCUUCGAUGAUUUGAUAACCAUAAUUUAAUUUGAAUAUAACAAAACAAACAAAAACAACAAAAAAAACACAGCAACAUGUAAAAUGGGAAUUUUAUGCUUUCAUAGACACAAAUAUGUGGAUUUAUAAUAAAAUAAAAAGGUAUUUUUCUUGGGAAA